AAAAAAAAAGAGUCAAAACAAAACGAAAAAAAUUCACCAACUAAGGAUUGUUCACUUAUUGAAAAAGUUACUGUGGAAGAAAUUAUACCAAAAUCUGAUACUCAAAUGUCAAAUGUACAAUCAGAAAUUACUUGUGUUAAAUUUAAUAUUCAAUCAGUUUCAGUUCAAAAUAAUACUUCUAUUACAUUGUCAGAUGGAUUAACAAUAACAAGGAAAAGACUAAGUAAAUCUAGUACAACUAAUGAUUUUAAGAAAUUAAAAGACAGAGAGAUCCUCAAACAAUCUCAGCCAAUAGAUAUCCCUUCGAUUGAAACUAUUAUCAUCCCUCGACAUAAAGUUAUUAAUUCAUUGAAAAAAGAAAAUGAAGAAAAUGGAAAUGCAUAUCAAAUUAAACCAUUAAUUAAUGAAUUUCCAAAAUUACAAUGGUUUUUCUUAUUAAAUUGUACCUCUCCUAAACAAGAACGAUUAACAAAAAAUCGUCUUUUAUCAAUAGGAGAAGAUUUAAAUUAUAUCAAUAAAAAAUAUGUAACAAUUGAUAUUACUGAAAAUAAAAUUGGAUAUAUUCGUACAUUAUUAAAAUAUUUCUUUGAUAAAUUUGAUAGAACUGGUGCUGGAACAUUUUUAAGAAAAGAAGAUUUUAAUUUUUUUGAACAAAGUGCAUCUAUUAAUGGAGCUACAUCAUUACUUAAUACAAUUCAUUUAUUUACAUCAUUAGAAGUACCUAUUGAUUAUAAUAUUUUUGAACAAAUAUUAUUUAAUUAUUGGUCAUUUAUUCUUUAUGAUGAUACUGAUGAUUCUUUAAUAUCAUUAAUUAAAGUCAUUGCUGAUGGAAUUACAGAUGAAGAACAUGGAGAAAUAUUAGGAAUAUUUACAACAGAUGGAAUUAGUGCAUUAAUAAGAAUGGAUAUAAAUCAAUUACCAAUACGUUCAAUUUUUAAUUGUUUUCAUAGAACAAGCGUUGAUUAUUUUACUGUUAAUGAAUUUAUUUAUUGUUCCCUUCAUCUUAAAUAUUUCCAAACAUAUUUAAAUGAAGCAAAUAAAUUAUUUGAAGACAAAGAAUAUGCUAAAAUGGUUGCAUUAUUUAAUUUAGUUUUUAAUGCUUUUAAUAUAGAAGGAAAAGGAAUUGAUUUCUCUAUGACAAAAACAUUUGUAUCAAAAAUUGACAAAAACAGUAAACCAUUCUAUAAAAAUUUAAAGACUCUUUUUAGUAAAUUAGAUGAUGAUAAAGAUGGAUUUCUUAGCUUUAAUGGAUUUAUUAAAAUAUUUGAAAAAGCAAUGAUCUUCAAUUUUAAAAAAGAUAUUCCAAUUCCACAUUUUGAAUUUAAAUAUUCUUCUAUUCAUUAUAAACAACUACUUAUUGAUCUUCUCAAAGAAAAAGAAAAAGCAAAAAAAGAUCGUGAAUUAAUGGGAGUUUAUAAAGGACAUUCAAAUGUUUCUUCUCCUAGUUUACUUAAACUUACUUUUAAUUCUGGUGAAACUUUUAAACUAAAAGUAAAUAACUCUUCUAAUUUAUCAGACUCGGUUCCUGUAAAUUUGGCUCUUAUUGGUUCAACUUCUUCUUCCUCUUUAUCAGAAGAAAAGUUAGUAAAGAAAUUAUCUAAAAAGAAGAAAAAACAAUCUUGUAUUAUUUGUUAA